CAACGCAUGUGUCAGUGCGGAGGGAGUGAUAAAGCAAACAGGAACUGGUUGUACACUGACAGACGACCGUGUAAACGAAACAAAACUGGCAGGGAUCACGGGUCGACUCUGUUGUGUGUGUAACCCCUCACAGGACUCCGCAUGGAGCCAACAAAUCUACAGAAAGCUAUUGCCGUAGCACAAAAGGCUUCACAGGAAGACCAGGAUGGGAACUAUGAGGAGGCCAUCCGCUCCUACCAACACGCUGUCAAGUACUUUCUGCACAUUGUAAAACGUGAACCCCAGGGUAAAGAUGGCAACCAGAAGAUAAGAGAUACAUGUAAACAAUACCUGGACAGAGUGGAAGAACUGCAGGAGUACCUAGUGAAUAAAGAGAAAGCUAUUGAUCUUGCCAGCAAGGCGGCUCAGGAGGAUAAAGCUCAGAACUAUGAAGAGGCUCUGCGACUGUACCAAUCUGCUGUUCAGUACUUCCUUCAUGUGGUGAAAUAUGAAGCCCAGGGUGACAAAGCCAGACAGAGCAUCCGGGCAAAAUGUGCUGAAUACUUGGACAGGGCAGAAAAGUUGAAGGAGUAUCUAAAGAAGAAAGAGAAAGCUCCUCCCUCUAAGCCUGUCAAAGAGUCACAGUCUGAUGACAAAGGGAAUGAAAGUGAUGAAGGUGAUGAUCCAGAGAAAAAGAAGUUCCAAAAUCAACUCUCAGGUGCAAUUGUUAUGGAGAAACCAAACAUUAAAUGGAAUGAUGUUGCUGGUUUAGAGGGAGCCAAGGAGGCACUGAAAGAAGCUGUUAUUCUUCCAAUCAAAUUCCCCCACCUUUUCACAGGAAAGAGGACUCCGUGGAGAGGGAUCUUGCUCUUUGGACCUCCAGGUACAGGAAAGUCCUAUCUGGCUAAAGCUGUCGCCACAGAGGCAAACAACUCAACCUUCUUCUCCAUCUCCUCGUCUGACCUUGUCUCCAAAUGGCUGGGAGAGAGUGAAAAGUUGGUGAAGAAUCUUUUUAGCCUUGCUAGGGAGCACAAGCCUUCUAUCAUCUUCAUUGAUGAGAUCGACUCACUGUGUGGCUCAAGAAGUGAGAACGAGAGUGAGGCUGCUCGCCGUAUUAAGACAGAGUUCCUGGUUCAGAUGCAAGGUGUGGGGAAUGACAACGAAGGAGUGCUGGUACUUGGAGCAACAAACAUCCCAUGGACCCUAGACUCAGCCAUCAGGAGAAGAUUUGAGAAGAGGAUCUAUAUCCCGCUGCCUGAGGAGCACGCCCGCUCCUUCAUGUUCAAGCUCCAUCUGGGCUCGACCGCCAACAGUCUCACCGAAUCAGACUUUUCUACUCUGGGCAAGAAGACCGAUGGAUAUUCGGGAGCAGAUAUCAGUGUCAUUGUCAGAGACGCUCUAAUGCAGCCUGUUCGAAAAGUCCAGUCAGCAACCCACUUCAAACGGGUACGAGGUCCAUCAAGAACUGACCCCAACAGUCUUGUAGAUGACCUCUUGACUCCUUGCUCACCUGGCGAUCCCAACGCAAUUGAAAUGACAUGGAUGGAAGUCCCUGGAGAGAAGCUGAUGGAGCCUAUCGUUUGCAUGUCUGACAUGAUGAGGUCUCUGGCCAACACAAAGCCAACAGUCAAUGAACAAGAUCUGGACAAACUGAAAAAAUUCACAGAGGACUUUGGACAGGAAGGCUAGGUGGCGUGUUGGAGCCAAGCCAAACCAAAGCAAAGGAAUUGUGAUUGUCUCUCUUUACUGUCCUUGUCCUGUUUUUAUGUCUCUGUCUCAUCAUAAUCAUUCAUCAGGCCUUGCAGUUUGUCAUUUGUCAUAAAUGGCAAGAUUACACACAAAGGGUGGAAGAUUUAGUUUUAUUCGAUAUUCACCAUUGUCCAAAGAAGAUUAAAGACUUCCCAUCUGCAGCUGACCUGACAAAAGAAUCAGGACAACAUAGAGAAUUUAGAGGGUUGUUUGACUUAUGCACUAAAGACUAAAGGUAUUAAUGAGCAGAUUACCCAAGCAACUUAAAGAAACUAAUGGCAGACAUACACAAUAAUUAUUGCAAAUGAGGCUUUUGAAAUCAAUAUAAUUUAUUUUAAGCAUGGACUAACUCUGGUGUCCUUAUUUUACAGUCGGAAUACAUCUCAUUAGACUAAUAAAUACCCAUAUGUCUAUUUUCUAUUAAGAAUAAAACAAGCAUUUUAUAGAGUAUACUGUACUUUGUGCAAUGUCUAAAUCUUGGGCUGGGGGAGCAAAGCAUGGCAUGAGUUCAUUGGAUUUGUUUUGGUGAAAUAUGUCAGAUGUCUCAAGGUGGUGGAUGUUUAAAGUUUUGAGACAGAGACACUCAGGAUGAGAGCUGCAUUGGUCUGGGUGGAAAUUUUUGGAUUGUUUAUCCAUUUUCCUAACAAAUGACAACUCUAUUUGUUUACUCAUUUGUCAUUUGAAUUGAACAUAACUAUUAUAGUGGAUCACCAGUGGUGCCAGACCAGCAUUAUUUUACAAGGACUCAAUAACUUUGAAUGACUUUAUCACUCAGCUCGUUUUUUGUUUUUUUUGGUUGCACAAUCUAAUGUACAUAUUUUCCAUCACUAUCCACACUGGCUUUGCUGAUUAUCCUGAAUACAAAUUGCAAAAAACUAAGCCUUAUUCUAAGAUAAAGUCACAUUGUGGAUUUUUUUUUAUGAAAUAAGACUGAGGUGUUGAAGUUGGAGGUGUUGACACUGAUAGCUCAGGUGGAGAGAUCAUCUUCUCGUAUACUUUCCUACAUAAGAAUGCAUUUCCAAGAAUGAACUUUAUGUAGCCUUACAUGUCAGUGUGCACCAUGUGCCUUCUAGAAAAGCUGCAAGAUUCUUUUUUUUAUUUUAUUGGUUUAUUUCUAAAUUGGUCAUACUGCAUAUAUAUCCAGUGCUUUGUCACUACAACUAAGAAAUGUAUACUUGCACAUUUCAUGUAAGCUCUGUUAGAGAUUGUAUACAACUGUACUCGUUUGCUCCUAAGGUGUGAAACUGUCUCUUUUGAGUUUUGAUGGGGAACAUCUCUUAUUUUACUGUAAAUGUCUAUACAUAUAGUCUACUCUUGAGCCUUUUCACUGUCAAAAGGCCACCCAUGCAUAAGAUUUUCUGUUUUGCAUUUCCAUAAUGUAAAUAAAAGUUCUAGCUACGUCAAGAAAA